AUGGUUCAAAUAAUGUGCGAAAUGUUAUCCAAAGGUAGGUCUGAAAUUGCUGAAAAUCAAUGAUUUCGUGAUUUUCAGCACAAAAUUUUAGCCUAGAAAGUUUUUUUCCAGCGCAUUUCAGGCUGAUCCAAAAUUUUUGGAAUUUUUGGCAUAAUUUUCUUUAAAAUCUUUCUAGACCUAAAUUUUGUGCUGAAAAUCAUGAAAUUGCUGAAAAUCGCUGAAAAUCAAUAAUUUCACGGUUUCCAGCACAAAAUUUCAGCCUAGAAAGUUGUUUUUUGCUACAGUAACCCAUCUGAUCCAAAAUUUUGGCACAAUUUUCUUUAAAAUCUUUCUAGACCCAAAUUUUGUGCUGAAAAUCACGGAAUUGCUGAAAAUCAAUGUUUUCAUGAUUUUCAGCACAAAAUUUCAGCCUAGAAACUUUUUUUCUCUACAGUAACCCGGUUGAUCCAAAAUUUUGGAAUCUCUGGCACAAUUUUCUACAGUAUCUUUCUAGACUCAAAUUUUGUGCUGAAAAUCAUGGAAUAGCUGAAAAUCGCUGAAAAUCAAUAAUUUCACGGGUUCCAGCACGAAAUUUCAGCCUAGCAACUCAAAAAGCCCGGAAAAUACCUUCAUUUUGCCCCAAGUUUUUUGAGUGGCCUAGAAAUCCAAUGUUGGUUUUCUAGGCCAUUCAUAUUUAGGUUCAAAAAAUCGCAAAUUUUCCCGUUUUUCCAGAAAAAUUCGUACAAAUCAGUUAUAUAACAUUUUUUAUACUUCAAUUUCUGUUCGUAGUUUCAACCACAUGCGCCAAGAAAAAAGGAAAUAAAAAAGGAAAAAAACAGAAAAAAUUGGCCACAAGUUCGAGAAGAGUGAGUUUUUUUGGCGCCAAAAAAAUUGGAAUUCAAAAAAAAAUUCUAUUUUUUUACAGGAUGCCAGCAGCUCUUCGCAAAUCUCCAGGGCAGCCAAGAAAAAAUCAUCGGCGGCUGUGAUUUCAGCCAAAUCUUCUUCGAAAAAAACUCAAAAAUCUGGAAUUCGCGGCGCAUCUCAAAUAUCUGGAGCUCAAAGUCCAGCGGCUCCGGGAGCACAAGAUGCUGCUGGCGGUGGUGUGUCAGCCUAUCAACCUCCACCAUAUCACGAGCGCCCGAGACAUCCAGGAUUUGAGGCGCCGAUUGAGGAUACUGAGGAAAAUAAGACCGAAUAUCAGGUGAAUGGGUUUGCGGAUGCCGAGAAUUUUUGA